ACAGGCUACAGCGGAAAAAAAAACAAAAUGGAGGGGCUCAUCCCGUUCAUCUACAAGGCCAUCAAGGAGCGGCGGGCCCGGAGCUACAGCUACUACUACUCGCGGUGCAACUCCACCGGCUCGUCGCGCGGCCGGCUCGGGGCCCGCGUGGAGGACAGCUCGUGGGACCUGCAGCAGAAGCAGUGGGAGUCCGCCGCCGGUGGCAAGGCGCCGGCGGGGGCGGCGGCGGAGCGGGAGAUUGCGCAGGCGCACCGCCGCCACCGCUCCCUCGACGAGCUGGCGGGGGAGGUGGGCGCCUCGCCCGGGUGGCGCCGCCGCCACCCGGGCGCGCCGCUCAGGGCCCGCAGCGUCAGGAUCUUCUCCUGCAUCGGCGGCGUGUGAUGUGCGGAUGCACCGGCCGCGUGGCCUGCACGGAACUGGAUGGCGGAGGGUUUGUUUGGACGCGUCGUGCUCGUGCUCGUCGAGCAUGCGCGCAGGGGGUGGUUUGCUCGUGUUUUUUUUUUUUUUUUUUUGCUUCGAUCCGAGGUGGGCAGCGAAGGAGUAGUAAUUCUGCAGUGGAUGUAAAUCCUGCUAAUGUAAUCCAACAAAAAGUGUACAUAUUCAUGUGGAUUUGUGAACAUGCAAAUUAUAUUUGCAAA